GGAAGCCCGUCCCAUUCACUGCAUAUCCAUGCUGGAGGAGGAGGAGAAGGCGUGUAGCCCUUUUGUUACCUGUAUUAGAGUACCUGGCUGUUUCAAGUUAGUAACAUGGACUGCGUUUAAGAUGUCUUCAGAGAGUAGAGCUUGACUCAAAACAAAAUCCAAAGGAUUGGCAAGGCACUGCAGUAAGUGCAACUAGUUUUUUUCUACCUGCAUGGCGCAGCAAAUGGGAAUCGUUAAUUAGGCUCUACCGUGAAAGUAAGGACGAAUAGGAGGCACUUCCUCCAAGAACUCAUUCACCUUUCAAGUCCGACCCUCUCUCAAGUUUCAUUUUGGAGUUCUUAGCCACCUUUCAGGUCGUCAGCAUCUCACCUGUACUGCUGGACCAUGGAUUUCACACGGUCGAAGAUUUCAAAGGCGCUUCAGUUUCAUAUCGCGGAAAAUAUGCGGUAUACGUGCAUCUGGAAGGGUUAGGAAACCUGCCAAUGUGAAAGGAAAGCGUGACCACUUUAUGUUACAGUGCAUGGCCUCCGGAAAAAGUGGUAACGAUCAUGCACAAACCCCUCCGAAAGCGGAGUCUCUACGUGUUCCUGUGUUUUGGCAUCAUAUACCUCAGACUUGGGGCCCUGUCCUCGGUGGUGGCGCUGGGUGCCAACAUCAUCUGCAACAAGAUUCCCGGGCUGGCACCUCGCCAGCGGGCCAUCUGCCAGAGCCGCCCGGACGCCAUCAUUGUUGUGGGCGAAGGUGCCCAGAUGGGCAUCAAUGAGUGUCAGUACCAGUUCCGAUAUGGACGCUGGAACUGUUCGGCGCUGGGAGAAAGGACAGUUUUCGGUCAGGAGCUGCGAGUAGGCAGUCGAGAAGCAGCGUUCACCUACGCCAUCACAGCUGCAGGGGUGGCCCAUGCCAUCACUGCAGCGUGCAGCCAGGGCAACCUGAGCCAGUGUGGCUGCGACCGGGAGAAGCAGGGCUAUUACAAUCAGGAGGAAGGAUGGAAGUGGGGAGGCUGCUCGGCUGACAUCAAGUAUGGAAUUGAGUUCUCUCGCCGCUUCGUGGAUGCCCGCGAGAUUAAAAAGACCCCACGCCGCCUGAUGAACUUGCAUAACAAUGAGGCAGGGAGAAAGGUACUAGAAGAAAGGAUGAAGCUAGAGUGCAAGUGCCACGGCGUCUCAGGCUCCUGUACCACCAAGACCUGUUGGACUACACUCCCCAAAUUCCGAGAGAUUGGCUACGUACUCAAGGACAAGUACAACGAAGCUGUGCACGUGGAGGUAGUCCGGGCUAGCCGACUGCGCCAGCCCACCCACCUCAAGGUGAAGCAGACUCAGGGCUACCGCAAGCCCAUGGAGACAGACCUCGUCUACAUCGAGAGGUCGCCCAACUACUGCGAGGAGGACGCAGCCACGGGGAGCGUGGGCACCCAGGGACGCCUGUGCAACCGCACCUCGCCACAUACAGACGGCUGCGACCUUAUGUGCUGCGGGCGGGGCUACAAUACACACCAGUACACCAAAGUGUGGCAGUGCAAUUGUAAGUUCCAAUGGUGCUGCUUUGUCAAGUGCAACACGUGCAGUGAGAGGACGGAGGUGUUUACCUGCAAAUAAGGACGCAAGGAACUCAGUGCCAGGAAGUGAGGCGCCAAGGACUAACUGAAUGAGGAAGACUCAAGCGAGAUAAAAGUGUGACAUGGACCAGUGAGAGAUUUUGAAAUAAAGGAAUGGAAUUUACACUAUCAGCUCUUCAUGGCAUCGUUUUGCACAGCAGAAUCUAUCUAUCUAUUUCUUUUCAGAAAGUAAAUGCUAAAUAUCAGUAGGUAAUACCCCAGAACUUUUCUGUCACAUAGAGGUUGUGCUCAUGUACUGAUGUAUCCGCAGUGAAGAUGGGACUACAGGUAAUGAAUGAGGUCCUUGUGGAAACUGUGCUUUGCACUCUGGGAUUUGUAAUUGUUAAAUUCACAAGAGACUCGUGCGUGGAGAGGAACCACAGUAACCUGGGAGUUGAUCAAAAUGACAGCAGCUGCGGUGACUGGGAGAGAUUUGUCAAGUCUUUGAUUGAAAACUUUUAAGGGUUUUGUCGUAUUUUCACUAAAGGGGAGAAAAAGUGAAUCUUGACAUGAAUAACCCCCCAAAUUGGCUGGGGUUUAUGUUGGAGGUUUGUAGAAAUGAAGAACAUUUUGUAAGUAUGGUGCGUUGGGGUGCGCCAAAUUCUGAGUGGAGAACUCUGUUAAACCCUCUGCUGCCAACUGGAAUAUGGUGGAGUAUGUUAGUUUUCCAGUCACACUGGAACUGUCUGUUCUGAACACUGAAAAUAAAUUGUUUAUUUAUGUUAUAGUAUCUUAAAACGAAGCACUAACGGGUAGAGAUGUCUUUUUUUGUACUAAGUGUAAAGAAAAAUACUUUUUAGAAACUCUGACUGAAAAUGUGUGUCUAUUAGAAAAUUACCCCCCAAUCCCUAAAACACCUCAUUGAGAAAAAAACAUCAUCAUUACAGUGUGUUUCACAUUCAAACACCUUGGUUCUAUUUUACUGUAGCAUACUGUAGUUUGUUUGUAGUCUUUUUCCCCAAGCAGUAACAUAUAUUUGGAUGCUUUUGCAAUUUCAAUUAAUAUACAGUUAGUAAGAAAACUAAUUUACCUGCAGAGAUUCUUCCUCAAUUCAUUAAACGUGACGCUGAUAUUUUGCUGGAUGUGUUGUCGAGUGCUGCACUGAUAUUUGCUAUUCAGAUACGACUCAUGAGAACUAAAUAAACUCCUAUUUGACUCAGUUUGGCAGUUCAUUGCUAAAAUAUGAGUUGGAGUUGAACCUGCAGUCUGCCUUAAAUUUAAAGAGAGAUACUGAUUAAUACAUUUUAUAAAUAUCUGUAAAGCUGUGGUCAGUGGAGUGAUUAGUUAGAACUACACACCCAUGCAUGUAAUAGCACAAAGUUAACAACAACUAUAGAAGAGAUCAAUAUUAUUUGCCUGAUAUGCUGCCCAACAAACGUUGAUAGUUUAAAGUUUCAAUUUUUCAAUUAACACAAGGCUAAAUUUGGUGUGAUGAUUCACACUCACUUGUUCUCAUUAGGGCUAUAGGGAAAUGUUGCUCCUGGCUAGAUUAGCUCUACUCUGCUACAAUUUUAUUUUAGUGGGAUAAUUCCACUUUAUUACAAUAAGGAUGGUCUUUUAGGAGUUUGGAUUAUCUCUGCCAGUUAUGGUAACCUUGUACUCACCAAAGUAAUUGAUGAGAUCUGGGAAUACAGUGAUACAAUGACAUCGGACAGACCCAGAUUAUCUAAUCCACUUUGCUGGUAAAGACAAUAGUGACCGCAACCAAAAAAUGUUUUGCACAAAGACUUUAGCCAACCUACUUUUUAGCGAUGUCUUAAUAUUCCCAGAUCAUUGAUAUUUACUUGGUAAGUACAAAGUUAUUAGAAAGGAAUGAGGGCCAAAACUAUGAAAUAGUAAGGUGCUCCAACUAUUUCUUAAAGAACAACAUUACCUCUGUGCAGCGUCUCCGCUGGUGGCUGGUGAUAACAAGAAUCCAGAAAGUCAGUGUACCCUGAUGUUGUUCUCCAAGAAAUUGUUUCAGAAUUGUACUCCCCGUAGAACCAUUUAUUAUUAUUAAAUUGAUUUUUAGAGAGUCAAGCUAGCUCUUCCACAAUGCUAAGCUAGGCUUAUUGCCUCCUGGCUCUAGUUCCAAACUUGACACACAGACAUGAAAGAGGUAUCAAUCUUCUCAUCUGGAAGUGAAUAAGUGGAUUUCCAUAUAUGGCAAAUGAUUCCUUUAAUUCAUGCAGUGUGAAAGAGGCUAAAUGAACCAUAUGCUAACACUUGGCUUUGGGCUGAGAAUGUGCAGUGCUUUGUGGCACUUUAUGUUAUAACCACUUUUUGUUUUGUUGACAUAUUCAUGUUGUUGCCGUCUAUUCAGCUUUCAUCUAUAAUACCAUAUUUUAAAGGUCAUGUGAGGUUUACGGACUAUACAGGCCAGUUUAUCUUUUGGUUUACGUAUUCAUUGAUAGGUUUAGAAUGUAUUAACUUUUGCCCAUUAAUAAUACCCACACAUUAUAGAGAUUUAGAGACUGACAUAGCCUAGUCUUGCACUUUGCAUGAUUAGAAUUUUGUGUGCAUCAGUCUUUAAGUUAUUUUAUUUCCGUAGAGGGGCUACUCAGAUGGAUCAAACACAGUUGUCAUGUGAAUAGAUUUGCAUAUUUACUCAAUUAAAGUAACUUAUUAAUAUAACAGCAUAUAGCCUAAUUCUGGAAAUGUAUAUAUUUUUCUGAAAUAUGACAAAAUAACUCCAUCUGGAGGCAAUUCAAAAAAUCAUGUUUUCUUUGACAAGGAUGCAAAUACAUUUCCACACAUAAAGAGCUGAUGUGUCUUUAAUUUAAUGACGAGUUGUAUAAUGAAACAUACAAGAAAGGUUAUCCUUGAACCCUGAGUAAGGAAUUCACAUUCUUCAUUUUAUUGUUCAACGCAUGUUGGUACAAGAAUGUUCCCGCUCAGUGUGAUUAGUUGCCCAUAUUGACUGUUCCAACAAAUAUCCUAAGCUAUUAUUUUCAUAAAUUCUCUCCCUGUAAA